AUGGCACCGCGAAAGAAGACGGAAGAGAAGGCAUCGGCUAACGAGGCCGCCGAUAUGGUUCUGCACUACUUGCGCCGGCAGAACCGCCCGUACUCGGCUAUCGACGUGUCUGCAAACUUGCACAACAAGGUGACGAAAGUGGUUGAUCAUGGCACAGCUGCCGCGGCAAAGGUUCUCAAAGACCUCCACGAGCAGAAGCAGAUCGAGGGACGGCCAGCUGGCAAGCAGAUUGUCUACCACGCCCUUCAGAACGCAGAAGACUCAUGCACCCCCGAACAACUUGCUGCCCUUGACGCCCAAAUCACCGACCUCCGCACCAACACUACCAAUCUCCUUGGCACUAUAAAGAUCCUCCGCAGCACACUCUCCUCCCUCAACUCUACGCUGAGCACCACCGACCUUGUUUCCAACGUGCAUGCCCUCGAGUCCGAGCAGGUCGAGAUCCUUGCGCGGCUGGAAAAUUUGAAGGCAGGCAAGGCAAAGAAAGUGACCGAGGUGGAGCGAAUGGACGUGGAGAGGCAGUGGAAGAAGGGUGUCGGUGUUGCGAAGAGGAGGGAAAAGAUUGCGAGGGAGAUGUGGAAGCUGAUUGCUGACCAGCUGCCGGAUCAGGAGCUUAGGGAGGAGCUCAGGGAGGCGUUUGACUUGGAUGGGUAGGGUGAGUGAUGGUGAUAAGCUAGCACCUGUCAAGAUGGCGGAAGAGAGAAUAGUCUGCAUGUGAGCAGAGACCAUCAAUGCAAUUGAGCUCCAAAGAAAUUGCUAAACUGGACCCAACGCCGCGCUAGUCACGCAAAACAAAACAGCACAGUAUCAACACGCAGCCUUGGUAUCCAAACAAAGAAGUAAACGCCUCUCCAAUGCAAAUGCAAGCAGAUGCCGAUCGAUGAGAAUGCAAUGCUACGCUACAGGACCCUUGGAAGCCCAAGCCAGUCCUCACGAGCGCUGAUACGAAUACGAGUCUUGCAGAUCAUCUCUAAUGUCUUGGGACAAAUUAUCGUCGUCUUCUCCCAGGUGAGCAUCUUGUGCUCGUGACAGCUCUUCCAGCGUUUUAGCUAGCGCAAUGCCCUCUGCGCGGCCGCGGUCAACGUCAACAAGCAUCAUAAUG